AUGGCGAGAAAGGUUUCGGUUUCGUACACCGGUUUAGCACUGUUGUCGAUCUUCGUCGUAGCGUGCUUUCUGGCCAUCGGACUCGGCGUUUACUAUGGGACGCGAACAGACGGCGGAGAGAAACCGGACUCGGUGUCGACUUCGGCCACACCGUUCGGUACGACCAGCCCUGUCGAUGGAGUGAGUACCAAGACCGUUUCGAGCACCACAACAGAACCGAUCGACAGGACCAAAUGGCGACUGCCCAAGACCGUGUUCCCGUUGAAGUACCAGCUGACCAUUCAGCCGUUUUUUCCGCCAAAAGUGCUGCCGCAAGACCCACGCUGCUUUACGUUCAAUGCAGACCUUACCAUAACGCUCAUCUGCCGCGUUCCGACUAACCAGGUGGUGCUGAAUAUGAGGAACCUUGACCUGGACAUCGAGCAGCUGUCUUUCAAAGACUCCAGCGGUGCGGUGAUACCAUUUGCAAAUGACAUAUUCCUCUAUGAGCCGUUCUAUGAGCGCGUCACGUUUUUCCUCAGCAAGACGCUGAAAGCAGGACAGAAAUAUACGUUCUUUCUCAAAUACCGCGGAUACCUGGGCAACGACUUGCAGGGCUUCUACAGAAGCUCCUACAUUGAAAAAAACCAAACGAAGUGGUUGGUCGUGACGACAUUCGAGUGCUGCUCGGCCCGCAGGGCUCUGCCAUGUUUCGACGAGCCAGAGUUCAAAGCCGUCUUCGGUUUAACCAUGAUACACCCAGUAAACAUGGUGGCGCUGUUCAACAACGAGCAUCUGUAUUCCGUCGACUACGGGUAA